AUGGCCACCUUCCGAUUCUUCGACAUCUACUCGUCCACCGUCCAGGCCCAUGUCAAGACCGACAAGGACAUCUCCGAGGACCUGUAUAAACACACCAACCCCAGAACCCUCGACGUCUACGCAGACCUUGUCCUCGUCUUCAAGUACAAGCAACCCAGCCUCAAGGAGGCCACUGUCUCUAAGCCAGAGUACGAGCAAAAGACCCUUGCUGCUUAUCAGGAAGUGCUGAUCAGCCUUACACGCGUUGGACUCCAAUACGAGACUCGGCCCAGUGGAAGCGACACUCUUUUCAUCUUUAUCCUCUGCCCGUGGGCUGUUCUGAAACGCGAGGCCACUCGUGCCAGCAUCAAUGACUGGCUGGCUGGAGUCAAAGUCGCCGAUACGAGCGAGACAGAGCAGUUGCUUCAGCCGGCAAAGGAGCGCGACCAGUCGCUGGAUGAACUCUCAGAGUCGGAUCGCCUUCGCUUAAUCUCGGACCUUAUCACCAAUUUGCAUAGCGAGGGAGGCGCUGGUAUCCAUCCUAGCCAUCACGAUUAUGUCGAUAGCAUCCUCCCUUUGCAUGACAAGGCUUUCAACAAGUCGUGGCUCAAGUCGUGGUCAAAGAAGGUGAUUGUGAACGAGCAGGAUCUGUCGCGUGUCCGGGAUCACUUUGGCGAAAAGGUCGCUUAUUACUUUGAGUUCCUCCAGUACUACUUCCAAUGGCUCACUGUCCCCACCGCCCUCGGAAUCCUCGUCCACUUCUUCGGAACCUCCUUCUCAAUCUUCUACGGAGUCUUUGUUAUCAUCUGGGCCGCCUUCUUCACCGAAACCUGGAAGCGUCGCGAAAAGGAAUUGGCGCUCUUGUGGAAGGUCCAAAAUGUCUCCAAGACCGAGCAGAGACGACCUUCGUUCAAGGGAACCAUGGCAACAGAUCCCGUCACUGGAGAGAUGGUCCCCUUCUUUUCUCCCUGGAAGCGAUGGACCCGCAAGUUGCUCGGUAUCCCCGUUGUCCUCGGAGGCGCCCUUGCUUUGACUACCGUAAUCAGCGCUGUCUUUGGAAUUGAGGUCUUCUUGACCAACUAUUACGACGGCUACUUGAAGGAGUAUUUGAUAUAUGCACCCAUGGUCUUAUAUUCUCUUGCUAUCCCUAACGUUGCAGCGAUCUGCAAGUCUGUUUCGUACCGCCUGACCGAGUACGAGAACUACGAGACUCGUGGCAGCCACGAGUACCACCUUAUGCAGAAGGUGUUCAUUUUCAACGCCCUGACCAGCUACAUGUCGAUCCUGUUGACGGCCUAUGUCUAUAUCCCCUACGGCCCUCAAGUCAUCUCAACUUUCCAGGCUCAUGGAAUUUCCUUCUCUUCAGCCACAAUCGACCCUCACAUGCUCCAGACCCGGUUGAAGGCCUUUAUGAUCACCACUCAGGCCAUUAGCUUUGCGACCGAGACCAUCGUUCCUUGGUUGACUAGACGUGCCAAGGUCGGGGCUGUCAAGAUCCAGAAGGAGGUGGCAGAAAAGUUGCAUCGCGAUACACAUGAGGAUGGUUCCUUGACCGUCCUCGAGGAUUCCGAAGAUGCCAAGAAGUUUUUGAAGCGUGUCCAGAAGCAGGCUGACUUGCCCGAGUACGACAUCAAUGAGGACUAUGCCGAGAUGGUUUUACAGUUUGGAUAUGUAUCGUUGUUCAGUGUUAUUUGGCCAUUGACGGGUCUCUGCGCUCUUGUCAACAACUGGGUCGAGUUGAGAUCAGAUGCUGCCAAGAUCAGCUACAACGCCCGUCGUCCCAUCCCCUCCCGUACCGACACCAUUGGGCCUUGGUUGGAUAACCUCCAGCACAUUGCCUGGUUCUCGUCCUUGACCAACGCCUCGAUCCUUUACUUGUUCCAUGGCACCAUCGACUCUGCUGACAACCAUGGACCUCGUUUGGGACUCGGUAUGCUUCUAUUCACGCUUUUGGUCUCGGAGCACGCUUACCUCGCGUUGAGGAUGGUUGUUGGAUUGGUUUUGGACAGUAUCCCUACUGAGGCUGAGCUCGAUGUUCGUCGGAGGGAGUUUGGUGUUAAGCGCAGCUGGUUGUCGCGUCUUGGUGAUGCGAUUGGGAUCAACUCUGUGGGUGGUGUCAGUGGGUUGGCGAAGCGGGCGGACGAGACUGUUGAUCUGAGCGCGCAGUUGGAGAAUGAUUUUGGUGUUCAGGCCAUCCGCUCCAACCUCAAGACAAAUUAA